AUGGAAAAUUUCUCCUACUCUUCUUAUCCGGAUUCCGGCGACUCUUCGCCUCGUUCUCGAGAAAUUGACUGCGAAAACCAUUCAUGGGACGAGCCUCCAUCAACUAAUACUAAUAAUUAUAAGGUUAAGUUUAUGUGCAGUUAUGGGGGCAAAAUCCAGCCGCGUUCGCACGAUAACCAACUCGCUUAUGUCGGUGGAGAUACGAAGAUCCUGGCCGUUGAUCGCAAUAUCAAGUUCUCUGCUAUCAUGGCUAAGUUAUCUUCUCUUUACGGUGGCGAUUCUGAGGUUUGUUUCAAGUACCAACUUCCUGGUGAGGAUCUCGACGCUUUGAUUUCCGUUAGCAAUGAUGAAGAUCUCGGGCACAUGAUGUUAGAAUACGACCGGUUGCAUCGUGCCUCUGCGAAACCGGCUAGGUUGAGGCUGUUUUUGUUCCAGUCGAAUCCAUCGUUGUUGGCAUCGGGAUUUCGUGGGAGUGAAGUUAAGUCGGAAAGGCAAUGGUUUGUUGACGCCUUGAAUUCGGUGCAGAUUCAGGAUCUUGAUGGUUCUUCGCCUCCAGCUGCGGCUGUGCGGGCCGCGAAUCCCGAUUUCCUCUUUGGUUUGGAUAAGGUGAAGUUGCCAGAUUCAGUCCCUUCCCCGGUGGCGGCGGUUGUUCAAGAGGUGGUUGCGAAGGAUGUGACGGCAGGAUCGGACUGCGGAUCGGAGGACCGGCACGUGAUUGCAGACCCGAUGGUGUCUCCGGCGGAUAUCCAGAGGCAGAUCCAGGAAUUACAGAGGAUGCAUAUUGCUGCUACUCAAGAGCAAGGCAUUUUACAAAGAAAAAUCGAUGAAUCAAAUCCUAGAGCUUACAAUACUCAAGAUUAUUAUAAAAUGUCAGAUAAAAUCGCCACGUCACCGGCUCCAGGAUCAGCUCCGUUACAAAUGCCGAUUCCAACAGCCUAUUUGCCGGAGCGGCAUUUAACUACCGCUGCUUAUCCAGUACCCACAGCCACAGCAGCAGCCCUAGGAACUGACCUGCCGCCGGUUUACCUAAUUCCGGUUCCCACAGCUGGAGUUUAUCAACAGCCUCCUACAUUGCGGCAAGUGACCAUACCAGCUGGUCAACCUUACUACGGGGUACAGCGGGUGGUUCAGGAUGUUUACCGAGAGCAGCCGGUUUACAAUGCGGUGCCAACCACAAAGGUUGGGGCUUACCCUGAGGGAGUCUCAUUCAUGCAACCGAAGGGUGGCGUUCCUGAGUCAGGCUAUGUACAGGUGGCUUAUGAUGGGGCAGGAAGGCAGAUGUAUUACACGGCAGCGCCAUACCAGGCAAUGGCACCGAUGGCGGCGGCGACGGGUGAUGUUGCAGCGUUAAAUCAGGAUGGUAAGGUUGCAGUGAAUGCUAAGGUUCCUCCCCAAACUCCUUCUGUUUGA